AUCCUGAAAUCAGUCCCAGCCUUUGGGGGUGCCGUCAGCUUUCCAGGACCAGAGCCGCACUGCCCGCUGUGACUCCCACCCCGACAGCUUCCAGUACACAGCUCAGCAUCCCGAAAUAGUCCCUGGGGCGGGAGUGGGGGCGUGCGGCGGUGGCUCUGACGGCCUAAUGAGGGGGUCUCAGGCUGGGGAUCCGGCUCUGGUGGUGACAGCCCAGGCAGCGAGGGAGAAGAGGGCGGGUUCCUCCACGUCGCUGCGUUCCCCCAGUGGGGGGCAAAUGGGAGGGCUGGCUGGAGUGCGGGCCCGGAGGGCCACACCCACUUGGUCUCCUGCUCUGAUGGGCUAGGCGACUAUUUCUAAGUGAGCAGGUGCCCUGGCUGCAUUGGCUAAAAUGAGUAAGUUCAAAUCUGCCUCUGCCAAUACGUGACCUUGGCUAGGCCACUUCCUCUCUCUGUGCCUCAGAUGAUCCAUCUGCACGAUGAGAGAGAACGAUGAUAAGAAUGCUUGCUACGGAGGAUUUUACUAAGGAGCCCUGGUGGUGCAAACAGUUAAGCUCAGCUGCUAACUGAAAAACCGGUGGUUCGAACCCAACAGCAAGACCCACAGAAGCAAGGCCAGGUAGUCUGCUGGGCUAAAGAUUCCCAAACCCAAUCCACUGGGGAGUCCAACUCAUAGUGACCCUAUGGGACAGAGCAGACUGCCCCAGCGGGCCUUCGAGGCUGUAUCACUUUAGGGUAGCAGAGGCCACAACUGGGCAGUUCUUGGUUACACAAAUGUCUCCCUCCCGUCUCAAUGUUGGUGGGUUCAAACCAAUGCCCUUUUGGUGAGCAACGGGGUGCUUAACUACUGCGCCACCAGGCACGUUUUGUAAGGCUCGGAGCCCAGGAUGCCCUCUGGGGUGGCUGGACAAAGGGUCAAGUGGAGCUGAGGCCCCUCCGCUGCAUCCACACAAGCAAUGCUAAUACUUGAGGACUGCUUAGGAAAGAGACCAGCUCGUAGUAAAUGUCAACCCUUGUUACUAUCCAUCCCACACUCCCCCAUCUCAUUUCUCAGCCCAGCCUCUGGCCUCUGGUGGAAGUGCACAGCUGUUUUCUGAAGUCCUUGGGUCUGGAAUCCAGGGUGUGUCUGGUGCUGGCUCCAGGAACAAUGGCCAAGUUCGUCCUGAAUCAAAACCUGCCCGACCUAGGCGGCCCUCGCAUGUGCCCAGGCCCAGCCGGCGGCGUCCGCAGCCCGAGCUCGCCCUAUUCGGUGGAGACGCCCUACGGCUUCCAUCUGGACCUGGACUUCCUCAAGUACGUGGAGGAGCUGGAGCGCGGCCCUGCACGCCUGGCCACCUCUGAGCGCGGCGUCCGCGCCAGGGCUGGUCCCCGAGCCGACAGCCCCGAGGGCUCGGGGGCCAGGAGCCGCGAGAGUACGCCCCAGCUUCCCGACGGGGUACCCCAGUCUCGGGAGAAGGGCAGGAGGGUCGUGCCCGAGACCCAGGAGGCUGGCGUGAAGGCGAUACCCGAGACCCGGGAGGCCAGCGUGGAGGCGGCACCGUUGACCCGGGAGGCCAGCGUGGAGGCGGUCCCCGAGACCGUCGAGGUGGAUGCGUGGGUGACGGAAGAGCUGCUUGGGCUGCCCGAGGCCGCGGCGCGCGAGCUGGAGCUGCUGCGCGACGGCCUGGAGCACCAGCGCGGGGUGAGCGAGCUGCUGCGGAGCCGCCUGCGUGAACUGGAGGAGGCCCGCGAGGCCGCGGAGGCGGCGGCGGCAGUGACAAGGGCCCAGUCGUUCGAGGCCAGCACCCAAACCCCUUGGGCCUGCGCAGACAAGGCCACGCAGACUGCGCCUGCCACGGACGCCCCUUGCCUGACGCCAGAGAAGCCGUCUCACUCUGCUGAGGGGCCCCCGGCUGUGGCCCCCGCUGGAACUCUCAAAUCCAUCAUGAAGAAAAGAGACGGCGCACCCGGCGCCCAGUCCAGCCCCGCCCCCAAGAGCCUGCAGUUUGUCGGGGUCCUCAACGGAGAGUACGAGAGCUCCUCCAGCGAGGACGCCAGCGACAACGACAGCGAGGAUGGCGCUGCCGAGCCCCCACAGAGCAGCUCCUCGGCCUCCGGGGACGACAGCGGGGGAUCCGAUUCGGGGUUGCCUGGCCCCGCCAGCGCCGAGGAUGCCGGAGACUCCGAGGCGGAGCGGGAGACUGAGCAGAAACCGGGGGUAGAGGAAAGGUGCGAGCUGAGCCCGCGCUUGAGGGAGGCGUGCACGGCUCUGCACCAGCAGCUGAGCCGGCCCCGCGGCGUGGCCCGCGAUGGCGGCGCAGCGCGCCUGGUGUCCCAAGAGUGGUUUCGGGUUUCUAGCCAGCGGCGCUCUCGCGCGGCGCCUGUGGCAGCAGUGCUGGGCGCGGUGUCGCUCGUGGGGCCGGAGCUGCUGGCGCACGUGGUGAACCUGGCAGACGGCAACGGGAACACGGCCCUGCACUACAGCGUGUCCCACGGGAACUUAGCCAUCGCCAGCCUGCUGCUGGACACGGGGGUUUGUGAGGUGGACCGUCAGAAUAGAGCAGGCUACUCAGCGCCCAUGCUGGCUGCACUCACCGCUGUGGGGCGGGACGAGGAAGACAUGGCUGUGGUGCAGAGACUCUUCCACAUGGGUGAUGUCAAUGCCAAGGCCAGCCAGACAAGGCAGACAGCCCUCAUGCUGGCGAUCAGUCAUGGCCACCAGGACAUGGUGGCGGCCCUGCUGGCAUGUGGGGCUGACGUGAACGCGCAGGAUGCUGAUGGGGCCACAGCACUGAUGUGUGCCUGUGAAUAUGGGCGCCUGGACACUGUGCGGCUGCUGCUGGACCAGCCAGGCUGUGACCCAGCCAUCCUGGACCAUGAGGGCACCAGCGCCCUGGCCAUUGCCCUGGAAGCAGAGCAGCAAGAGGUGGCUGCAUUGUUGCAUGCCCACCUGAGUGCAGCCCAGCCUGGGGCCCCGCCAUCCUCCGACCCCCUUCCGGCCACUGCUGAAGCAGGAUGCAAGGGCAGCAGUGAGGACCUCCAGGCUCCGUAAGGCACCUGGCACCUUAAUCCAGAUGUUGGCGGUGGCCCCAUGGGCUCCUGAAGAGUGGGCCCUUUGUAAGGGGUCCUAGUUCUACCCCCCACCUCUUUAAUAAAAGCUUCCUAC